CCUAACCCGGAAGUUGGAUUUUACCAGAGUCGGUAACUUCAGAUUCAUCAUGUCCAAGUUUAAAACUGUAAUUUGGCCGAGAGUGAUUUUAUUUGGUGACUCCAUCACACAGUUUUCUUUUCAACCUAAUGGAUGGGGCUCGGAAUUGGCCAACAAACUAGCAAGGAAGUGUGAUGUUGUAAACAGAGGGCUGUCUGGAUACAACUCCAGAUGGGCAAAGAUUAUUCUACCUCGACUCAUCAACCCUCAAAGUCCAGCAGACGGUAACAUAGCUGCUGUCACUGUCUUCUUUGGAGCCAAUGACGCCUCCUUGGAAGAUGCAAACCCUCAGCAGCAUGUCCCUCUGCAGGAGUAUUCAGAGAACCUGAAGGAGAUCUCCAGACUUCUAACAUCAGCUGGAGUGGCAUCAGACAGAGUCAUCUUCAUCACUCCUCCUCCUAUACAUGAACCUGCCUGGGAGAAGGAGUGCAUUUUGAAAGGCUGUUCACUCAAUCGACACAACUCUGUGGCGGGACAGUAUGCACAGGCGUGUGUCCAGGCUGCUAGUCAGUGUGGUGCAGACGUGUUGGACCUCUGGACACUAAUGCAGAAAGAUGGACAGGACUACACAGUGUAUCUGUCCGACGGGUUGCAUCUGUCAGAGAAGGGAAACCAGUUUGUGGCCCAUCACCUGUGGGGGCUUCUGGAGAGUCGUGUGGCCAACCUGCCCUUCAUCCUGCCCUACUGGGGAGACGUGGACGCCAAGAGUCCAGAGAGCAGCCUGCUUUGUGACUAGUGAAGAAGAAAGUACAGUACAUUCACACUGCAGGGAAAAGUGUCCAAAAUCUUACUUUUUUAUAUCUUAUUUUUUUUGACUGUCUGAAUAGGACAAGUCAGAUUUUUGUUUUUUUUAUUUUUUACUCCAAAUCAGACCCAGUCCACUUUCAUAUGUGGCCCUAAAUCAGACGCAUAUCUGAUGUUUUGCAAUAUGACUUCAGUCUGAACAGUCACGUCGCAUUUCAUUUGACCUUUACAUCACCGAAAUGCGAUAGAGGUCACAAUUCUGAGACAUGGCAAGAUCCAUAUUUACUUCCAUAAACACAGUAUGUAGUGUGUGACGUCACCUCAGGACCAUACACUGUUCACACAUGACUCUGAUGACAUCACAUUUGGAUUAUAAUGUGAACCACACACAAAAAAAAAAACAAAACAGGAUUGGGCAUUAAGACCUGCAGUGUGAACGUAGCAUUAGAGACAUUUAAGAUUCUACAGGGCUGGACAUCCUGUAGAGAAGACAUUAUGACCAGCAUUAAUGUGUUUUUUGCACCUUUUUUUUUUUUUUUGCAUAAAUGAAUGCGCUGUUGGGACUGAAUUCAGGCUGAGAUACAGUAACGCAGACCAUGUGUUAAGGUUCAAAAUGCACAAUAAAGUUUUUAUUAAGAUGUGCGUGAACAAGUAACUUAAAAAUCACAGGCAUAGAAACAUUAAUAUACAUAGAAUUUUAUAUAUGACCCACAUCUGUUAAUUGUAACAGUUCACAUCCAUCCAGCACAAUCAACGUUAGAUACAUGACCUACAGUUAAAUAUACUUUUUACACCUUUAACAUAUGGCACAACAGGCAACAGUGGUGAGACAGACGUGAGAGAAGUGCAUGAAUGAAACGGGUAAAAGAUGAUGUGGAAAGUAACAUCUGAGCACCUCGAAAUAUUUCUUCUGGGGGAAAAAAAUGGAAUAUGUCAAGGUAUGACUUCAUCAACUGGGAAUUUUCACAGCAAAGUAAAUCGAUUGGAAAAAGUCAGGCACAAAAUUAGACAAGGCACAACUUUUCUUUGUACAGGGGUCAAACACACAGAAUGUCAUCACGCAGAAGAUUAAAAUAAAUAAAGUUCAAUUAUGUUAUUUCAUCAGCUGAAUUACAUUUAACACUGAGAUUACCAACUGAACCUUGCACAGUUUUAAAUUGUUGCGUUUUAAGCACGAAGGGGUAAAAGAAAUAUUGUAGUCACAGCAAAGUUAACAUUUAUAAAACAUAAUCCUCCAGUGAUGUGAACAAUACUUUUAGUGCACUUAUGAUGCAAAGUACAAACAAGUUUAAUGUCCAUAGUUCUGAAAGCAACUUAAACUGAAUUCAUCAGACUGAAAGAUUUCAAUAUAUGAAGCAAACGAGACAGAGGCUUUAAAUAGGUUGUGUUUAGUAAAGAAAAAAAAUCUCACUUUAAAAAAAAAAUUACAGUGGACAAAGCUAACAGAACCUCAUGAUUUGUGUCUUUUUGUUCCUACAGUGUGUUUGGGGAACCGGCCCGCGAUUGGUCUGCGAAAAAGGGGCUUGAAACUAAACAAGGCACAGCUUUAUUUCACCACAAGCACAUGACAUCAAAUCACUGAGUAGCUAUUUUAAUAGCAGUGGUGUACAGAUUUCAGUCCCUUACAACUGACUGAAUUUGAUCCAGAUCUAGUGUUUGACUCCUCUGUUAUCCUCAGGUGUGUACAUGUGUGCUAUUGCCUUUCUACAUUUUCUGGUUGUGCCUUUUUUAAUAUGUAAAACUGAUAUGAUGCUGCGUCUAUUUGCAUGUUCCCUAAAAUACAUGGCAGGUUGUAUGUGUUUGAGACCAGAGUGACUGUUGGUCAACUCUCAGCACUCAGUCUCUUUAGUGUCAAUGCACUCCUGCCUCUUGAGGCGCCGUCUGUCCCUGGCUGUUGGGUUCGGUUCUGUCAGAUCCUCGAAGGAGGAUUUCGUAGCCAACGAGGAGGCUCCUGCGGUUGUGGAAUCUUCUGGCGGGGCCUCCUCGCCCUGGUGAGAGUCGCUGCUGGUGUCCUCCUGGAUUGUGGCCAUCCGCGGUCCCCCGGCGCUGUCCGGGGUGGGGACGUAGUUCGGACCUGGGGCCUGGGUACUGCUGCUGGCCACGCGAGGCGCCCCGGCCUGGUUCAGCGGGGGCAGGGAGGAGGGCGCGGUCCGGCCUGCGGAGGAGGAGGGAGGCUGAGGAGGCUUGACGAUGCGCACGGAUGUUGACUCGAGGUUGCUCAGCAUGUCUUGACUCUGAAGAAACAGAAGAACAAGUGAGAUGGAAGCAAAUCAAGGCUGUGGCUCUGUGACUGAGGUGAGAUCCAUUCCAUUUUUUACUCCUUUCUGUUAAACUCACACUUGAGUCCUGAUCUUCAUCACGACUAUGUCUACAUGCACAAAAUAUUCCAGUUUGUUUUUUGAAAGGAACAAUGUCAUCACCUUCCUAAAAUAACUGCCCAAGUCUUUUUUUUUUUUUUUUUUUUUUUUUUACAAACUUUACAACUUUUUUUUGCCUGAAACAUUACAUACUCAAUUUCAGGUUUUUGUGUUUCCUGAAAAUCUGAAAAAAUGACAUGGGCAAUUUAGGAAGGUGACGAUAUUCCUAUUAAACCUGUUUGCAUGGCCAAUGAAAAGAGUGUUUUUAUAUCCAUGUUCACCCUCAGCUGUGAUUAAUACUUAAAAGUAGGAUGUUUCUACUGGUGGCUGACUGUAUCAACCACUUUUAUUCUUUAAAACACCUGUCUGAAAAGGACUGCCAUUUGCAUACAUCAUAAAACCUGUAAACAUCGUAUUAUAUUUACAAGUAGCUGUGAUUGUUCUUCCAAAUGAAAGUGACCUCCUUUCAAGCAUCUAUCUCCAAUAUAGAGGAUCUUUCUCUCCACAGAUGACCUUAAAAAGGGUCUGUGUCACAACCUACAGUAAAAAUGCAAAUGAGAUCUAUAUUCCAAAUGCACUGUAAAUUAAAUACAUAUCCAAAGAAUGUACAUAAAAGCUGAAUAAUGUCAGCAUAUCAAUAUUGUAAGUAAGUGUAGAACACCCAAGCGGAUACACUGAUGCAUGAUCUGUGUGGAAUCCCGUGUGCAUGUAAACAUAGUGUUUUAUUCUGAAAACAACCGUGUGGUUUGUAUAUUAAAAUUAAAUUAAAAUCUCCGCUUUAUAUCAAUUUAAAGUUGGAAUGAGUAAAAUGAUAAACCUUUUUCACAGUGGACAUUUAGGGUUGUAACAUUAAAAGCUGUUGUGUGUUUAGUUGGACGAGGGCCCUGGUGUUGUGCAUGCUGGUUCACUGCAGGGCCACUGGUUCACCUAAAAAUCACAGCCAGCGACUGAUAUCAUGAGUUAACCCUUUUCCAGGUGAACAUGUCUGCUGUGAGAAAGAUGUAUGGAGGAAUGCACCCUCAGUCUCCAUGUGUUUCCAUUAAAACCUAACAGUAAACUUAAAACUGUGCAGACAGCAAUUAGAAAAGAAAAAGAAUGGAUAAAACAAAACGACAAAUCACCUAAAUGACCGCAACUUUUCUUGGCUUCGAACAGCAGCAAAUGCAAACUUAAAACGUCGACACACACUGCAUCUGAUUUCACAAAAGACAAUAAAGGUGAAGCCUGUUCAGUCCUCUCUCUGUUUGAAUACUCCCAGAAUGCAAUCUUGCUGUCUUGAGGUAAUUUCUGAUCACAUGUCACUUGCAGCUGUUCACAUUUAGUCUCACUUCCGGCCUCUCUCUCCUCCGUGUUUCUGAUUAAAUGUGCAGCCCGAUCAGUGAUUACAUCAAGGAGUAAGUGACUGCAGGAGUAUCCCAAACGUGGGCCACGGACCAUGCAUCCUCAUCAUGGACUCAAUGGCAACGCAUCGCAACACCAAGCCACGGUACACGCACUCACCUAUGGCGGGAGCUCUAUUACAAACUUCCACCAUCUGCUGCAGUUCCAAUGAGAGUGAAGGGAAGGGCCAAGGUAAAGAGCAGGUCAUUCGGAGCUUCAGCUCAGCAGUAAGCUCAACACCAGUCAGAGACGUUUUAAUCCCUCCCUGUUUCUGUCCUAUCUGUAUUUAAAUACACUCAUUCUCUUAGAAACAAAUGAUACUUAACGGUCAUUUUUAUUAGUUUAAUGUUUCAGUCCAGUUUUAUGAGUGCAUAAGAUGGUUUAGUUUAAUUUUGAGAAACUAAUUUUUUUCCCAAAGUUUUUUCAAGUGACUUAAUGAUGCUGAAAAAUAUUAAGAGGAAAGA